CUCCGUCUAAUAGUUUUAUGCUUCUUUUUCUUUUUUUUGUAUCUUUUCUCUCUCUAAUAUUGUUUCUUUCUUUCACACCUAAAAGAAAGUCAGCGCCGUCCUUUCUGCCUUCUCUGCCUGUCUCUCCUUUCUGCCCAAUUUGCUUCAGAAAACGCAGAGUCAAGAUUGGGUUUUUGAAAGUUUCUAGGUUGAUUGGGGUUCUGGAAAUGGCUGAGGAUUGGGAUCUUUAUGCAGUGGUGAGGAGCUGUUCGUCUGCUGCCAAUACCACCGCCACAGCAAGCAAUGAUUUCACGAAUGAGAACGGUAGUAGUUGUCGUGAGGACCCUUUGGCUUGCUUGGCUUCUUUGAAGUUUGAGGAAGAAGAUGACCUGUUUUCAUUUCCUAAUCUUUCACAGCUUAGGAAAAGUGGUUCUUUGCAAGAUUCUUACAAGCCCUUUUUGCCAUACGCCGACCCCACCACCACCAGCACUAAUCAAGGUAUAGAUCCCAGCUCUUCAAGUUCUGUUCCUGGAGGAUCUAGUGGCCAACAUCAUCAGCAUCAAAGGUUGAAACAGCAGCAGGAACAACCCACCACCACCAGCAUCGGGAUUAGCCCUCCAUUGACCCCCACCUCCGCUCCUAUUUUUGCUUUUGGCCAAUCUGGAAACCAGCAACCACCGCAACAUGUACAGGAACAACCACAACCGCAGCAGCAAAAUCCAUUACACCGACAGCAUCAGCUGCAACAACGGGUUCAACAGCAAGAGGGUCAAAGACCUGCUGCUAUCCUUCCUUUACGGAACAUGAAUUCUCAGGCUCCAAGAUCAAGAAAGAGGAAGAACCAGCAGAAGAGAACCGUAUGCCAUGUAGCAGUAGAUAAUUUGUCAUCAGAUCCGUGGGCAUGGCGUAAGUACGGACAGAAGCCCAUCAAAGGCUCCCCCUAUCCGAGAAACUACUAUAGGUGCAGCAGCUCGAAAGGGUGCGCAGCAAGAAAACAAGUGGAGCGAAGCAAUUUCGAUCCCAACAUCUUUAUUGUUACCUACACGGGCGACCACACGCACCCUAGGCCCACCCAUCGGAACUCUCUCGCUGGCAGUACUCGAAACAAGCUAUCAACCAUUCAAAAGGCCGCAAGCAAAGAUUCUGCCCCGGAAGCCUUGCCUAGUGCUUCUUGCUCCUCUCCUCGCUCCGCCACGAGCCUCUCUCCCACAACCCCACUUUCAGCUCCUGAAGACGCCGCCGCUCCCCAACACAACACUGAUGAUAUUAAUGGAGGUGAAGAAGAGAGCGUUGACAUGACUCUUGAAACGGCUCUGGAUGGAGAAAGCGAUGAAGAUGAUGACCCUCUGAUUCCCAACGAUCAUGUAGAUGAAGAUCUCUUCAAGGGACUGGAAGAACUCGUUGGUGGUGCUGACGCUGGGAGUACUAGUAGUGGAUUAGGAACCAGCCCGGCCUUUGGUGAUGACUUUCCUUCUUGGGGCAGUGGUAACUCCACCGCCGCCGCUGGUGGUGGCUGCUAAACGGAUUUUCUUUUUAAUUAUUGGUAUUAUUUUUGUAUACUAAAUAUAUAAUAGUAUAAAAAUUUUUUUGGUUGGGUACAGAGAAGGAAUACUCGGAUUUUAUGUAACU